GAAUCAAACUGGAAGUCAAAGUUCCUAGGCAAUGCGUAAUCCUGUGCUAUAAACCUAUUUAACAGCAUUUCCCUCGCAGAUCAACGACAACCUCGAACAUAUAAUGCUGAAAAAACAGUCAGAGGAUAAAUGGCAGCGCGACCCAGUCAACCCCAGGAAUUGGUCUCCCGCAAAAAAAUGGACAACCACUGCAGCCGUUACGCUAUACACUUUUGUUAUGCUAUUCGCAAGUUCUACUAUGGCACAUGGUCUGCCAGACUUGGCCACAAAAUUCAAUAUAACCGAUCCAACCGUCACACCGUUGACUCACAGCAUCUUCCUUUUCUCAUUCACCAUCGGCCCUUUAUUCGCCGCACCUUUGUCCGAAGUACAUGGUCGUUUGCCGGUACUCCACUUAACGAACAUCUUAUUCCUCCUAUUUAAUCUCGCCUGCGCUUUCUCAUCGUUUGCUACUAGUACCACUUUCCUCGUCUUUUGGUCUCUGGAUGGUUUCGUAGGGAGUGUACUUGUAACAUGCGGCGGAGUCAUCGUUAGCGACCUCUUCUUCGAACGCGACCGUGCCUCUGCUAUAGCACUGUACUGUAGGAUACUUGAUAGGCCCGUUUCACGGUCUGCCACCUUGACACAAGUUCACACUCAUCUCGCAAGGUCCCGUGGUCGGCCACGUCAUGGGAUGAUCAAUGAGCCAGUUGUUUUCUAUAUCGUCGUCGGGAUCUGCGCUGUUACCCAAAUACUUGGCAUCCCUCUCAUGAGAGAAUCUUAUGCCCCAGUUAUUCGGCUUCGCCGUGAUAAAAAUUCUCUGGAUCCCGAAAGAGUGGCUAUGGUACACCCCGCCUUCACCAUAAACAAAUGGGCUUACUUGUGGAUCAACCUUAAACGACCCGUCAUGAUUAUGACUCGGAGUUUUAUAUGUUUCAUCCUCAGUUUACACGCUGGGAAAAAUGGAGGAAAGGGUAAGCCAGAGAUGCGCGUCCCCGUUGUGAUACUCGGCUCGUUGAUCGUCCCUGUGGGACUAUGUUGGUAUGGAUGGUCUGCCCAAACCCAGACCCAUUUCAUGAUGUCCAUCGGCGCCGCUAUCUUUGGAUUCGGUAUAAUGACAGCUUCUCUCGCAAUUCAACUAUACCUUAUAGAUACAUUCACAUAUCCUGCGAGCGCUAUCGCAGCUACUUCUAUGCUCCGCGCACUCCUCGACUUCGCAUUUCCUCUCUUUGGACAGUCUUGCCAUCGCUAUCGGUACACCCUUCUUUGUUUGGAUAUAUUAUGCUGGUGAACGUAUGCGUGCGAGGAGUUCUUUGACUCGUUGGUGUUGGUUGUUCAACUUCGUCAUCAUAGCUGGAUUUUAUUUUUCGUUCUCAGACUCUAUCUAUUCUCUCGGUUUGUUUGUACCUCAGCGCCAGCGGUUCUAUCUACGACUUUGCUUUGUCUUUAGUUCCACUUCUAUCAGUUGAUU